GCUGGGUUGCCAGCUUUGCAGUCGGUGCAGCGGCAGGAUGACAGCUGAGCGGGUCGUCGUCCGAAACACUACCAGUUAACAGUCACCGCUUAAAGUCCCGGUUUGAAGAGACGCAGCGAAACGUUUUCACUUCCUCCACCGUCCGGCGUUAACCGUUAAACCUUGCGGAUAUUCUUAUUUUUUUUUUUUACCGAGAGAAAAAAAAAGGGUCCGUGUCCGGAUGUGCCAGCAUCGUUGGGCUUUUUCCUCGCAUGGCGUAGGCUCCUUUUUCUAAAAAGGGGGAUAUUCUUGCUGUUUUACUGGGGUCGGAGGAGGCCCCUUGAACGCACACACCCGGCCCCUGCUCCCGCAUUUAGCGAUUUGUGGAAGGGAAACGACCCGACGACAUGAUUGUGCAAUAGAGAGACGAGGAAGCGCCGCACGUCCCGACCGCGAAGAGAGAGAGAGAGAGAGAGAGAGAGAGAGAGAGAGAGAGAGAGAGAGUGUUUCUGCGUCCUCCUCAGUCCGAACACCUACACCGACGCGUUUGUGUGUGUGUGUUUCUUCUUCUGCGCUUUUUCAAGGAAGACAGGGGCGGAAAAACAAGAAGGAAUAUCCGUGUCCUUGUGAGUGUGUGUGUGCGUGUGUGUGUGUGUGUGAGCCCCUUCCGAGGACCCGGCUGAGACCUUCGCGAUGACGGGCAGCACGCCAGCGGACAUGAUAAACCUGCGGCUUAUCUUAGUCAGCGGGAAGACAAAAGAAUUCCUCUUCUCUCCCAAUGACUCGGCCGCAGACAUCGCCAAACACGUCUAUGAUAACUGGCCGAUGGACUGGGAAGAAGAGCAGGUCAGCAGUCCUAACAUCCUGAGGCUGAUCUACCAGGGACGCUUUCUGCACGGCAACGUAACACUAGGAGCCCUCAAACUGCCCUUGGGGAAGACCACAGUGAUGCAUCUAGUUGCCAGAGAGACUUUGCCUGAGCCAAAUUCCCAAGGUCAGAGGAACAGAGAGAAGACCGGGGAGAGUAACUGCUGUGUCAUUCUGUAAAUUCCCCCCCACCGCUACCCCCCCGUCAUCGGUUCUCGCCCACGACGUUCUGGACCCAAUGAGCUUGUCCCCGGUCCACAAAGCGGAUAUACAUACACACACACACACGCAGACACACACACACACUCUCUCUCUCUCUCUUUUUUCUUCCCUCUCUCGUACACUCACACAUAACAUGGAAAGACGGCAGGAUCAGCCAGGCUGAUCCCGGACCCAGGGUUGGGAGCAGGAAAUUGAUUGACGAUAUAGUUGAUUCCUUUGUUGUACUUGAUUUUUGUCGUCGUAACUGAAAUUUUAAGGAAGGAAACUGGAUUUGCAUGUUCUUUUUUUUUUUUCUUUCUCUUUCUCUUAAUGCACACCUUUUAAAGCCUUCUGCCGCACAUGCACACACACACACGUACACACACAUACACUCACGUACAAUAGACGUAGACACAUUGUGAAGCCAUCCUCAGCAGGUCUGUUAAAAGUCAGUUUCUAACUGACUCCUCAUUCUAGAUGGUUGUAACAGUGAUGCAGUGCCAGAGUUUGUGUCUGUGGCCUUGUUUUCUCAUCCAGACCGCUGAGGAGUUUAACCACUACCAAGUUACACACACCUACACACAUACACACACACACACACACACACACACACACACACACACACACACACACACACACACAAACAAUGACACCCCUGUCUAUACAUCCAACAAUAUGUGCUUGUGUGAACUCCUUCAUUGCAGGAGAUGAAGCUUAGACGUGCCUGAUCAGAGAACUCAAACCUGGACACACACACACACACACACACGCGCACACACACACACACACACCUGUGUCCUUUAUACUGCCCUCCUCUGCACGUGUCCUUCCAGGUCACACGAGAGAAAUGAUUCCUUUCAGUCUGCAGAGCGCUGCAGGGAGCGAACACGUCCUUCUCUCUCUCAGUCCUCACAUUUUAGCCAAGCAAAAGCCUAAACAAAGCAAACACAUAGACAAACAGCCAGUGUUGGUGCGCUUGUUUUUGCGUAUUUGUUUCCCCGACAUUUUUGCGACUGUGUUUUGACAGUCCGCGCAUAUUACUGCGCGACCAGUGUUGUGAUGGGUAAGAUGUCACGUCAGUUGUCCUCCCUCCCCCUCUCCGCUUCGAGGAAAGGCUCUUUGUGCUCCCGUUUUUAACAGUGUUGUGACGGAGCUCUCCGACAGCUGCAGCCCGCGCAGGGAAACGAACUCUCGAGAAGCGAAAAACGGUCCUUACUCGUCUUAAUUCGCCCACGACGCUCUCCCUUGAUUCUCCCUCCUCUCUGCAUUAACAAAGUCCACUUUGCACAACUGAAGCAUGUGCUCCUCCGUCAGAUUAAUGAAAAUGUAUAAAAAAGUUUUAUGGUUUUAUUUUAUAUUUUUCCAAUGGAAGUAAUGUUCCAAACUAAGGUAUCGUGUAGAAUAUAUUUAAUAUGAAUCUUAUAUAGAACAUGAUGACUCUAGAUCUUGUUGAUAUACAGUAUAUUGGUGUUUAGUCUAUGAUUGUGUGUACGGUUAGCUGCUAGCCAGUUCACAGUCACUCGCUGACGACGUCUUGUGCUUAACAGCAGCAAAAACCUCCCUAAUCACUGACCGACUGUUUUUAUUUCCUUUCUUCCGUGCUCUUUUCUUUUUUCUUUUUUUUUUCGCUUUGUUUAUAAUUUAAUGUAAUCCUUAUUUUCUUUGUGUUGUUUUGCUUUAAAAGAAUCGCUUUGUAACAGCACUAGGUCUUAAAAAAAACAAGAAACUAUUGUUUAUAUUGAUCAGGGUUCAAAUCUGUACAGAGAUAAAUGUUUUCAAACCAAUUGUAAAUAGCACUAAUGCUCCCUCUCCCUCCUCCGAAACUUCAAAAUGGAAUACAUCUGUAAACUAAAUAAAGGUUAUUGAAGUGCA